AUGAGGCUUGAUAUUGACAACGAUCUGCUGACGGCAAUGGCAGAGCGAUGGCGCCCUGAGCUGCAUACCUUCCACUUUCCCGAGGGUGAAAUGACGAUCACCCUCAAAGAUGUUGCCAUCCUCACCGGGCUCCCGAUCACCGGAGAUGCCAUCAUCGACAACUCGAGAAAACCAGAAGAUGGUUGGGGGCCAUUGAUACAGGAACGUCUGGGGUUCAACAUGCCGACCACCACGCCCGUCGAAGGUCAGGGGCAUCCACCACUGAAUGCGGGGCAAGUAUCGAUCCCGUGGCUUGUUGACCACAUCCAGAUGGAGGUUAAUAUAGGCCUGGAUACUCCUGAAGAUCAGGUGGAGCGGCGGUAUGGGAUCCAUAUCCAAAUGAAGUGGUUGAGUUGCAUCGUCUUAGACAUCCCGAGGAUCAAGAGACAUGGUUGUGCAAGGUGCCCUUAA